AUGGCUCCUAUCGCUAAGACCGUCUGCAUGGCCCUUGCCGCCAUCGCUCUUGCCGCUGCAGCCACCCAGCCCGCUGAGGCUCAUCAGCUCAACUCUCGACACGCCGCUGCUGGCAGCAACGUGUACCACAACCUUCACUCUCAUUCCCGUCGCAUGGAGCGCAAGAUCCGACGUGGCGAUUCCUUCUCGAUCUCGGGAGCAGGUAGCAUCUCGGGUUCCGCUGCCUCCGACGGUGAUUCGGCCUCGGCAUCCAUCACAGGCUCCGGUAGCGUUUCGGGUUCUACCUCGGAUGAUGGUUCAAAGUCAUCAUCAGAGUCGCAUGCUCAAUCUGGCGCUGCUUCCGACGCCCAAAUCACAGCUCAGACCAAUGCUCAGUCUGGCUCCCAGACAAGCUCGCAGGCUUCCUCCGACGCCUCGUCCAACAGCAACGCCUCAAGCCACGCUUCCAGCAACGCCUCGAGCAAUGCAAGCAGCGAGGCCAGCAGUAAUGCCUCAAGCAAUGCCUCAUCCAGCAACUCAUCCAGCAAUGCCUCUAGCCAUGCAUCCAGUGAAAAUAGCAGCCAGGCCAGCAGCAACUCAAGCUCAGAUGACAACAAGGGCAGCGACAAGCAGGGUUCUAACUCGAGCUCCUCCUCCUCGUCCAGCCCUACUUCGCCCGCUUCGUUUUCGGGUUCGGCCGCCUCUGCAGCCUCGAGCACACCCUGCACCAGCGACCACAAGUCUGGCGCAGCUGCUGCCGCCACAUCUGCGCCCACGAGCACCAAUUCCGGUAGUACUUCUGCUGCCUCUGCCGCCUCUACCACCCCUUGCACCAACGACAAGAAGAGCAGCACUCAGACCACGAGUAACACCGCUACCGCUGCUGCCGCCACUGCCAGCGGCUCUCAGUCGUCCAGUGCCAGCGGCGCCUCUUCCACCCCUUGCACCGAGGGUCAGGGCAAGGGCACCUCUACUGCCUCUGCCGUGACUGCUCAGCAGACCUCUACCGGCGCCGACUCCUCCGACUCGUCUUCGUCUGACAACCAGGCUGCUUCCGAGUCGUCGGAUGAGGACAAUGCUGACGCAAACGCCUCCUCGAACUCCUCCUCGGACGCCGACGCCAAUGACGAUGAGGACUGUGAUAAUGAUGAGGCAGAAGCCUCGUCCACCUCAGACAGUGCUGCUGACUCUGGUGCCAACAGUGACGCUUCGACCUCCUCGGGUUCGAGUUCUGCUGCCAACUCCUCCGCUCAGUCUAGCGGCUCCAACGGUGGUUCCUCGUCCGGCUCGAAGGGUACCUCCUCCAGUGGCUCGUCUAGCGGCUCCAACGGUGGUUCCUCGUCCGAAUCGAAGGGCAACGGUGGUUCCUCGUCCGGAUCGAAGGGUACCUCCUCCAGUGGUUCAUCCAGUGGUUCUUCCGGCUCUUCGGGCUCUUCUGGUUCGGUCUCGAGCUCCGGCUCUAAUGCAGGCGCUUCGGCUUCCCCUUCCUCAGCUGCCAACUCCGGCUCUUUGUCUUCGGGCUCUUCCAAUAACGAUGGCGGAGACGAUGACGACUGUGAUGACGACGAAGCCAAUACCGCUGAUGACGACGAUGACGACUGCGAUGACAAUGACAGCAGCGACUCUUCGUCUGCUGCUGCCUCUUCCGAUGCUCCCUCGGCUUCGUCCAUUUCGUCCACUGCCUCGAACAACGAACAAGAGCUUACUCCUGUUUCGGCUUCUUCGAGCUCGGCUACCCCUUCGCCCACUCCUCAAGCUAGCAAGGAUAACAAUGGCUCUUCGUCGUCGUCCUCGCCAUCGGCAGCUGCUUCGUCUUCAUCUUCGUCCUCCGCUGCCGCCGCCUCUUCGUCUGCGUCUUCCUCGUCGCCUUCCUCUUCCUCUUCCUCUUCCUCUUCCUCUUCCUCUUCCUCUUCCUCUUCUUCCUCCUCAGGCAGCCUUGCCAACGCCAUCACCGGAGGCUACGCAACUUAUUAUUGGCAGAACGGGAAUCCAGGAAAUUGUGGCCAGUACAACAGCGACGAUACGCCCAUCAUCGCAUUGCAAACAAGCAUGUAUGCUGGUGGAUCUCGAUGUGGACAGAAGGUCAAGAUUGUCCGUACCGAUGACCCAAGCAAGUCUGUUAUCGCCACCGUCGCCGACUCGUGCCCUUCGUGCACCAACGCGCAGUCACUCGACCUCUCGUGGGGUGCUUUCAAACAGAUCGCCACCGCAGCCGAGGGUAUGGUCCCUAUCAAGUGGGCCUGGGUCUAA